UGCACAUGUGUGUGUCUCGUUUCGUAAACAUCAAAAAUUUCUCCAGAAAACUUGUCAGAAAAUUGAAAUAUAAUCAUGCCUAAGAAGGAUCCCGCUUUGGGCAGGUGCUUAAUACGUGCUCAUAAGAAAAGGUCAAAUUUUGUCAUCAGAGAUGGAUAUAGACAUACCAGUGAUUUACUAGAUGGUCGUGAUUUUGGAAAACUGAAUUUAAAUAGCGUUACUGAGCAAUCAUCAUUAGAUGAUUUUCUGGACAAAGCAGCUCUUGCCGAAAAAGAAUAUAAUGAAGAGUUUGCAGACAUCAGAAUUGUAGAAGCAGAUGUUUCCAACGGUAUUUUAUCUGAAGAGGAAAAGAUUCUUAUUUCAGAAGCUCAAGAAAAAAACAAAGAAGUUUUAUGCAUUCCUCGCAGACCAUCUUGGAAUGCUGAUACAUCAAAAGAAGAGUUGGAGGCUAAAGAAAGAGAGGCUUUCUUGUUAUGGCGAAGAAAGUUAGCCUUGGUGCAAGAAGAACAACAUAUUAAUUUAACUCCAUAUGAAAAGAACCUGGAAGUUUGGAGGCAGCUCUGGAGAGUCAUUGAGAGAAGUGAUGUCGUUGUCCAGAUACUUGAUGCAAGAAAUCCUUUACUGUUUCGAUGUCCAGAUUUAGAAGCUUAUGUAAAAGAAAUAAAUGAAAGUAAACUUAAUGUUCUACUGUUAAAUAAAGCUGAUUUCUUGACAGAGAAUGAAAGACAAUGCUGGUGUGAAUAUUUUGAAAAAACUGGAGUGCAGAUUGCUUUUUUCUCAGCUUUGCAAGAAAUUGAAAAAAACUCUGAGGAGGAAGAUUUUAUCUCCGAAAAGGAAAAAAAAUCAAGUGAUUUUCUUUCCAUCAAAAAUGAUCCAAAGAUUUUGUCAAGAGAUGAACUUAUUUAUUUUUUUAAAUCCAUUUGUAAGCUGGUAAAAGAUGAUGGAAUUUCUAAUGUUGGUCUGGUUGGGUAUCCAAAUGUUGGAAAAAGCAGCACCAUAAAUGCAAUUCUUAUGAGUAAGAAAGUCUCAGUGUCAGCUACACCUGGUAAAACAAAACAUUUUCAGACAUUUAUUGUUGACAAUGAGCUUUGUUUGUGUGAUUGUCCUGGUCUGGUUUUUCCAAAUUUUGUCUCUACAAAGGCUGAAAUGGUAAUCAAUGGAAUACUGCCUAUAGACCAAUUGACGAAUUGGGUGCAUCCAGUGUCUUUAAUUACCAAAUGUAUUCCACGUCAUAUCCUCCAGUCUACAUAUUCUGUACUAAUUCCUGCUCCUGCUGAAGGAGCUGAGAAUGUGCAUCCUACUGCUGAAGAAUUUUUAAAUGCACAUGGUUAUAACAGAGGCUUUAUGACUCAAAGAGGUCUUCCAGAUAAUGCUAGAUCUGCUCGAUAUAUUUUGAAAGAUUUUGUAAAUGGAAGAUUGCUCUAUUGUCAUGCUCCUCCCGGAGUCAAUCAAGAAGACUAUCACAAGUUCCCAGAAGCAAAACUCAAAAAAAUUGUUGGAAGUAAUUCAAAUAGUGAAAUUGAGUUUAAACCAAUAGUUUUGAGUGAGGCAGACAAGAAGUUCUUCUCAAAAACACAAGUGCAUUUCAAAGGUAAACCUUUAAAUACCGGAGAAGAUGAAUCCUGCUCCAAACCAUGGAAAAAGCACUAUAACAGAAAUAAGAAAGAAAAAUUGAGGAAAAAAUGUCUUAAUCCAUAUGAUUAGACUAUCUGGAACUCAUUAAAUUGAAGAAUAUUCUUUUGCAAUAAUCAUUCAAUUUAUUGUAAAUAAAUGUUGAUUUACUUUUUAUGGAAAGAAUUGAAAUGUUUGUUUAGUUUUAUAUAACAAAUUUUAUUAAAGCUUGUUUUAAUUAAAAAUUAAAUCACUGUGAAAAGUUUUUAAGUGUUACAAUUUUUGUGAAAAUUUGAGCAAAGUUGUAGAGGUUUACUUUUACAUGUACAGUAAUGUCUAAAGUUGUGGACACUUUUAAAGAUUAGUAUGCCUAUUGAAAAUUUUACGUUUAAUGAAAUGCAAACUUGUAAACAUUUUGAUGAAAAUUUAAAACAAAAUUCAAAUAUUUGCAGUACAAAAAAGUAGAUUCUUUGACAAGCAGUUAUGGAGUGGUUUGUAAUGUCUAACUUUCCUAGUCAAUAAUUGUUUUGGUUCUUGGAACCAAUCAAACAUCAGUAAUUGCUUGCAGAAUUUGACAUGGUUACAGUUGAAACAAGUUGAUUUGCUUGGUUCUUAUGAAGGAAGACUUUCUCAUGUCAAGGUACCUUAACCUUUCUGUACCUAAGAGCAGUAGCAGUGAU